AUGAUACUCAAAGCCAAGCACGACCAGGAGAAACUCAAGGAGAAAAAGGAACCUCAAUCUUCAAAGAAGGGAAAGCAGGCUAUUGAGGAACAAUCACAAACCUCUAAGAAGGAGGAGAAACCAUACACUCCUGCCAUUCCAUAUCCUCAAAGGUUCAACAGAGAGCUUAAAGACCAACAGUUCCCCAAGUUUCUAGAAGUUUUUAAGAAACUGGAAAUUAAUAUUCCACUCGCUGAAGCUUUAGAAAAAAUACCUCUAUAUGCAAAGUUCUUAAAGGAGCUUAUCAACAAGAAGAGGAGCUGGAAUGAGAAGAAAACGGUGAUCUUGACCCAAGAAUGCAGUGCUGUCAUCCAAAGAGGUCUUCCACUAAAGCUCAAAGAUCCAGGAAGCUUCAUCCUAUCUUACACUAUAGGCAACAGAACAUUGGACAAAGCCCUCUGUGAUCUAGGAGCCAGCAUCAAUUUGAUGCCUCUCUCAUUAAUGAAGCAGCUUGCAAUAGAGAAACUCAGGCCAACUAGAUUGUCACUUCAAAUGGCUGACAGAUCUCUCAAAAUACCAAAUGGAGUCGUGGAGAAUUUAUUAGUGAAAGUAGGAGAAUUCAUAUUUUCUACUGACUUUGUCAUUUUAGACAUGGAGGAAGAAUGA